AUGCAAACCCUCCGUAAGAAAACCAGCCCUUGCAAAUACAAGAACGAGCCGGGUCGCUUUCUCGGCGAGGGCGUUUCGUUUCGUGCGAAACUAAUCGGCGUCCUCGAGGUGCCGGAAGCGCGUGGAGAUAGAAUGUGUCAAGAGGCGCUGGCUGACUUGAAGAUGGCGAUCCGGGCCGCGGGAGAACAUAAGCAGAGAAUACAGGUCCACGUAGCCAUCGACGGUCUUCGCCUGCGCGAUGAUAAAACUGGUGAUUCUCUAUACCAUCAUCCAGUUCACAAGAUAUCGUUCAUUGCGCAAGACAUGACGGAUUCACGCGCUUUCGGCUACAUAUUCGGAUCUCCAGACACAGGCCACCGUUUUUUUGGUAUCAAGACUGAUAAAGCAGCUAGUCAAGUAGUUAUAGCUAUGAGAGACUUAUUUCAAGUAGUAUUCGAAUUGAAGAAGAAGGAGGUGGAAAUGGCCAAGCAGCAGCUCGAACGUAAAACUGACAUCAGCAUCCUUGUGAAACAUACCACUAGUGCUACGACUGACACUAAGUCUAAGAUAAUACCAACGACAGGAGAGUCUAGUUCGUCUAUGACGAAGCCAGAAGGUAACGCGGAGGGUGGCGUGGCAGAGUUGGUGGACUUAGAACAAGAGCUGUGCUCGUUAAGACGAGGCCUCACGCAGGUCGAAGGUCUAACACCUUCGACGGAUCCGUUUGGAGACUCCUUUAUAGUUCCCGCCCAGAAGGGUCUCCUCCCGCCGCCCCCCGGCGCGAGGGGCCGCGCCCCGCCCCGCGCUUUCAGCCCAAACAAACCCGCACUCUCCUUCGACCUGUCCGCCGUGGCCGGGGACUUCGAACCGAAACCCGCUUCCUUGGUGGACGACCUGCCAGAACCACCUGUUCAAUCGCAAGCGCCAGCGUACGACGUGUUCACGGAACUCGACCCGCUCGGCACAGGCCGGAGUAGACCUUACGUUGACAAAAAACUCUUCUUUCAGGAGCUCAAAAACCCACCAAAGAAAGUUCUCAAAGACCUCGUACCGCAGCACAGCCUUCUCACUGAUAUGGGGGUGGGUGACGGGGCGGAGGCCUACGGGCCCCCCACGACAAUGACCUCCCUUUCGAGGCACUCCGGGGGCUCGGUAGCGAUAGCGAAGCCCCAGCCGAAUUUCUCACCCGAUUUGUUCUCGUCUGAUCCCUUCGCUGAAACCGAUCCCUUCGACAAUAGCGAUCCUUUCUCUGAUACAUUCAAAGAUGAUCCCUUCACGACCAUGCAAGAGUUCCCAAAACUAAGUUCCUUAAGAACGGAGGAUCUGAAGAGCAAACUGAGCAAGGAAUUGAUUCAGGAUAAGCCGGAGACCAUCACUAGUUUGGAAGCCAAGAAUGUGUUUAACGGACCCUUGCAAGUUUCUCUACCGCCGGAACCCGCACCCAAAUCGCCCAGACUGCCUAGACAGAACACAGACACAAGCACAAUCAGACAGAGGCCGCACGCCAGCUCCAAGCUGAACUCGGACAGCGCCUCUCCCCCGCCUCCGCUCCCCCCCAAGAAGGUGGAGGUGAGCCUGCCGCCGCCGCGCCCGCCGCACGACCACGAGGAGGACACCCCCCCGCUCCCCAAGCCGGCGAGGAAGAAGGAGCCCAUGGCGGACCGCAGCACGAAGCCGCGCCAGUCGUCGCUGGGCGCGACCAGCAGCGAGGACGAGUACCUGUCGCCGGCGCCGCCGCCGCUGCCGGCCGCGCGCCGCUUCGACAUCACGCUCGCGCAGCUCCUCACGCUCACCAUGGACGAGCUCGCGGCACGGCUUCGAGUCCCGGCCGCGACGCUAUCGUCCAUGACGCUGCCUCAACUUACGGAAUACCUUCGGUCUUAUGUCGCUUCUGAAAACGAAAAGGCGCAUAUUCAUGUGGAUCCAGCCCUGAAAGUUGAGAAAGAUAAAAUCACGCCCACCAUACCCGCUAUUCCAACGACCUUACCUGAAAAACCACUAAAUCUAGCACCUAUACCUUCCGAAUUUAAACCUCAGUUCGAAGAUGAUUUUGCACCGACAGACUCAACAGACACAUUUGUAGCGAAUUUCGAUGACUUUGAUAAAAAAGUUAAUCCUGGUUAUGAUAAAUACGCAGCGUUUAGAGAGAUACAGGAGCAAGAGUUGAAAGCUAAAUCAAUAUUAGAUCCCAACGAUAUAGAAAUAAAACAUGAAGAAGACAAAGAACUUGCGAAUAUAGAAAAUCUAAUAAAAACUGAAGAGCAGAAAAUUGAGGAACGAAAGGAAUUAGACAAAAGUCCACUAAAGAGUUUAGAUGAAUUAACAAUAGAUUCGUUUAACAUGUUCCGUAAUUCAGUGAGCCCGAAGCCGAUAGAUGCCAAAAUUGAAGAUAUUAAGACUGUUAUGAAAAAUUUACAAAUAGAAAGGGCAAGGCAUAGCGUCUCCCCGCGUGAUGAAGCUACGGAAACCAAACACGAUGAUUCAAAUGACAGAUAUGCAGCCUUACGAGAAAUAACUAUAACGGAACCCCCUCAAGACGAGUUCGAAUCGAUUCCGCCGGAAGCCCCUAAAGAAAGAAAGAAAUCGGACGAAAAAUCGGAUGGGUUCGAUAAUUCGGAUUUUUUCGAUUGUAUCGAUAACAGCUCCCUCUCCUUUAAUGUUGAAGACGCGUUUCGGAAGAGUCCAGGAGUGAAAGAGAAGGAAGAGGAGAAAAAGGUGGAGGAAAAGAAAGAGACGCCAAUAGAAACUUCUAUUAUACCGGUUAGGGACUUGCAGCCAUCUGUAAGGCUUUCUACUGGGUCCAUCAGUGAUGUAGCGAGCGGUUCUUCUCCGGAUACUAAAGACCGUUGCCUGGGGCCGGUGAUCGGCGGGCUGACGCGGCUGGGCUGGGCCGAGGGCUGGUCGUCGGACUCGCGCGACUCCGAGCCGCGCCGCCGCCGCCGCCGCGCGCACGCCCGCGGGCCCGCCGUUCAAACAUCGUCAUCAUCUCGCGACGUGUCCCCGUGGGACGAAGAGCCCCCGAUGGCGAGACUGGCGCGGCCGCCAUCGCAUCGAGACAGAGACUCGCGGCAUAAUUCAUCCGGCUCAAGAGAGUGUCUUGAUUCCGGAAGUGGAAGAGAGAAAGAAAAAAAUCGAGAUAAGCGCGGCAGUAGAGAUAGAGAUUUGAAUCGUGAUGGAAGAGAUUCAGCUAGAGAUAGACGAGAUUCGGGCAGCGGUAGAGAUAGGCGUGACGUCAGCAAAGAAAGAGACCACAGGGACCAUAGAGACAGAGACCGAAGAGACCGAAGGAGCAGAGAAAGAGAGAAAGACACAUGGAGUAGAGAAAGGAAUUACAGUAGAGAAAGAGAUUAUAGAGACUCGAGGAGUAGAGAGAGAUCGAAGGAUUAUAGGGAUAUAGAUCGGCAUCGGAAACCCAGACAUUCGUAUGAUGAAGAAGAUUACAGCGACGGCUGCGGGUCCGGUCGCUCUUCACCGCGCGAGCGCUGGCCCGACCAGCGCUGGCGCAGGGACGAAAGAAACUACGGGUCACUCGGAUGGCGAGAAACUAGACGUAGGAAUGAAUUGAGGCAAGGUGAAGAUCCAAGUGAACGAAGGUAUGGAUCUACAUUAGGCUGGCCGGGACGACGCUCAGCCACCAUCACAGCGAGAAAAGCCGAACGGGAUUUACGUGAAACCCGAGACUCUGGCCGGGAUUCCCGGGAUGCGCGUGACUCAGGACGAGAUUCGGGACGAGACUCGCGAGAUCCACGAGAUUCUGGUCGGGAUUCCCGAGAUGCUAGGGAUUCUGGACGAGAAUCGGGAAGGGACUCGCGGGACCCUCGUGAUUCGGGCCGGGAGUCGGGACGGGAUACGAGAGAUGUGCGGGAUUCAGUUCGGGAUUCCCGUGAUCCCAGAAGACGAAGGCGUGAAGACCCUCGAGCUAGGCCGAGAGAUUAUCGUUUUUCUAAUGAUUUUUCUCCAAGGGAAAGAGAACAUACUUCACCUUUCGACAACGACUUUCAAGACACGCCUACACCUAAUACAAAGAAACGCACUCCGUAUUCUUGUUUAGAGGGAACAAGAUUCGUGUUCGAGCCCGAGAACACGACGGCGUCCCCCGUGUCGGGCAGCUCGGCGCGCGCGCGGGACGGCGACUCACCCGCCACCCGGUUCCGAUUCGAUUCCGACUCACUCUCACCAAGGUCGAUGUUCGAAGACGAUUUCACAACUAUCUCCACGCCACGAGGACGCACAGCAUCCAUCGCUGAAGAGGACGAAGGUGACCUACCACCUCUCAGAGCGAAGCCGCAGCAACAUCGAGACAUCAAGAAGUCGGACUCGGUGAAUAUAUUCACUCGUGAAUCGGAUCCGUUUGAAGGGGACGCGUUUUUCGCUUGCACCGGGUCCGACCGUGUCGCCCGGCGGGAAAACUGGCCCGGAGACUUUCAGGGUUUCGAUAAUUCG